AUGUCGGCGCCCACGACAGACGCAUCGAAUGGCCUACUGUCGCCGCCUCGCUCUCCACGAGAAGGCACUUCCGCGCCCUAUCCCGUCGGACAGAGCUUCUGUGUCAAGCGCCAUACACCCGUGAUUCCCUUUGGGAGGAAUUAUUGUGAAUCUGAGGAUGACGAACCGCCUAGCGUCGUACCUGAAGAUGUCUCCCAGCUCGAUUGGUGUGUGGCGCACCCUCCUUGUGCUGGCAAGACGGACACAAGCGUCACACGUGACAUCAUCUUCAAGGCUCCGAUCCGCACUGGGGAUCAAUGCGGCGCUCAAGUAAUGCUGACCGAAGACGGCUUUGUUGCAAAAAUCUACGAUCCUCUCUACUACUCCUUCGGCUACGAUGACCUGGACCGGAAAAUCGAUGUGAGCGCUGAAGCCGAUUACGAUUACACCAUCGAAACGUACGCAUAUUCAGCUCUCUCUGAAUCUGGUCUCCAAGGCUCCGUCAUGCCAAAGUUCUAUGGAUCUUGGACAAUGGAGGUUCGCACCAGCACCGAUGGCCAGCAAUGUCUUCGCGAAGUGCGUCUGAUCCUUCUGGAACACAUCACUGGAACAGCAAUGUUGAACAUCAAGCCUAAAAAUCUCGGGAAAGAAGAAAAGGAAGCUGUGAUGCGCAAAGUCAUCGAAGCUGAAACAGAUCUAAGGAUCGCUGGUCUAGAACACGAUGACUUCGAGCCGCGAAACAUCAUGCUCUCAACUUUCACCAAGUCAAGCGCGAACACACCGCAUCAUGUCUCAUUCGAUAGCCUAGAUCUACGUGUUUGCGUCAUUGACUACGGUCGUUCUUUUGUGCGCGUUGGUCCUACGUAUCGUAACCCUCUCUUCCGCUGGGCUGGAGAUGACAUUUAUAGUAUGUACGGGUGGUUGCCACGCCGGAAAGAAGCGACAGACUGGAUGUGGAAGGUAUGGGGCAACGGAGGACAAGACGGGAAGUAUGUUGUGGCUGAAAAGAACCCGAAGUCAAUAUUGGGGCGACCUGUACGCCGGAGCGUCAUCUAG